AGUGCCAAGCUCUAAAAGCAUUUAUAAAUUCAUAGAAAAUCCAAAAUUUCAAGUAGUUUUUGCAUCAUGUUAAAUGUAGAAAAAAAUCCAGACAAGCUACUCCGACCUGGAGGAACUCAAGAGCCGGAAUUGAAGCCUGCCGAGAUCUCGGAAUCCUUGCAAUCGCUAAGCAUCCGGGAAUCUACCUUUAUCUGCGAACCAACGCCAAGUCCAGCGGAUCUGCCCGCUCAAAUUCGGAAGGCCUUCCUCCGGCAUAUGGUCAGUGAAUUGCCGGAGCAGGUGCAGAACAGGAUACGGGCCCUCAAGCUAAAUCAGCUGCACCAGGUGCGCAUCUCAGAGCAAUUCUACCGGGAGGUCUAUGAGCUGGAACGGCGAUUUUACGGCCAGAGUUGCGCUGUGUUCGAUGCAAGAAAAAACAUUUUAAAUGGAAUUGUGGAGCCACCGCUGCAAAAGGAUGACUCCUUCUGGCCGGAGACACAGUCGGAUUCUUUAAAUCUGGACUUGGAGAAUAACGAGGAGCUGCGUGAGUUGAGGAGCCGAAUUCCGCCUGUGCCGGCAGAUACCUUGGGCGUUCCUCGCUUCUGGCUGACUGUCUUUCGGAAUGUGCCUUUGCUGUCGGAGCUGGUCCAGGAGCACGAUGAACCGCUGCUGGAGUGCCUGCAGGAUGUGCGUUUGGGCUACGAUCAGGACAGCUAUACGGUUAGCUUUCAAUUCCGGCCGAAUGGCUACCUGCACGACACAUCACUUCAGCUGACGAAGAGGUACUUUCUGCAACACUCGGCGGAUCAGGAGUACCCAUUUCUGUACGAGGGUCCGGAGAUCGUGAGGUGUGAGGGCUGUCACAUCCACUGGCGCGAUGGGUUCAAUUUGACACUGCAAACCGUGGAGAGCCGACGGAGGCGAAGUCCUCGCUUCAAGGUGAUGCCCCGCGAAUCCUUUUUCCGCUUCUUUUCCCCACCGCAAGCCAUGGAUUUGUCCCUAGCUGAUGAGAAGACCAAGCAGAUUCUGAGCAGCGAUUUCGAGGUGGGCUUUCUCUUGCGUACCCAAAUCGUGCCGAAGGCUGUGCUGUUCUACACGGGUGAUCUGGUGGACAGCUUGAAUGAGUCUGGGCUGGAGAAUGGCUCGAUCUCGGAGGUGGAGGGGGAACAGGAACAGGGUCAGUGAAAAGUAUUUAAGUGUUUAGGGAGCAAAUAUAACAAUUUAGUAAUAAUAAAUAAAAAAGUAUA